AUGGGGGCGGCCGCCGCCGCAGCGGGCUUGGUGAACUACCCGCUUGUCGCGGCGCUCCUCGCGUUCGCCGUCGCGCAGUCCUCCAAGUUCUUCACCACCUGGUACAAAGAUGGUCGGUGGGAUGCCAGACAGUUUAUAGCUUCUGGAGGGAUGCCAUCAUCCCACUCAGCUACAGUGACAGCACUUGCAGUGGCUGUGGGAAUCCAAGAAGGCUUUUGGAGUGCAACAUUUGCAACUGCACUAGUCUUUGCAUGUGUGGUUAUGCAUGAUGCUUUUGGAGUUCGGUUACAUGCCGGAAAGCAGGCAGAGGUGCUGAAUCAAAUUGUCUAUGAGCUGCCAGAGGAACACCCAUUAUCAGUGACAAAGCCACUGCGUGAAAUCCUUGGACAUACUGUUCCUCAGGCUACAGCAUUCCUAACCUGUGGUCGACAAUCAGUUUCAGCGUGUAAAAACCUCACCAUCCUGAAAAUUGCUUAA